CCCGGAGCAAUGUCUCGAGUUCCGAGCCUUGCAGUUACGAGGAGCUAGCCGCGGCAAGCGGAGCGCACAAAUCCAUUCGACUCCAGAACCCGGCGUAUUUGUAAUCGCCACCUAACCAGAAAUCAUCGUAACCAUCGUAAGAAAUCCAACGAAAUAGAAAUCGGAACGGGGCCAGAACCUAAACCCAGGAAGAUAACGAGGGUGCUACAAUGCUGAAUACCUUCAGUUCGGUGAGGCAGUACCUCAAGUUCGAUGUCACGCGGGUGGUCAUCGAUAACAUAGUGUUCAAGCUGCACUAUCGAUGGACCUUCGUGAUGCUCCUGGUGGCCACCCUGCUGAUCACGUCGCGCCAGUAUAUCGGGGAGCAUAUCCAGUGUUUGUCCGACGGCGUCAUUGCACCAGUCAUCAAUACCUUCUGCUUCUUCACGCCCACCUUCACAGUGGUAUCUGAUCGGAACCAAUCCACGUAUAAGCCGGGAAGUGAGCCCCCCGGAAUUGGAAACUAUGACCCCACAAAGGACCAGAUCAAGCGGCAUGCCUACUACCAGUGGGUGCCCUUCGUCCUGUUCUUCCAGGCCCUCUGCUUCUACGUGCCCCACUCCCUGUGGAAGAAGUGGGAGGGCGGCCGGAUCAAGGCCCUGGUCUUCGGCCUCCGAAUGGUGGGUCUAACCAGGUACCUGAAGAACGAUAGCCUGCGGAUCGGCAAGCUGAACAUCCCCUCGAUGGCGGAGGCGGAGGAGCGCAUCAAGGACAUUCGCCGCACCAUGAUCGACCGGAUGAGGUUGAACCAGUCGUGGGGUGCCCACUUGGUCACCGCCGAGGUGCUCAAUCUGCUGAAUCUUCUGUUGCAGAUCACGUGGACAAAUCGAUUUCUGGGCGGACACUUCCUCACCCUGGGUCCGAAGGCCCUGAGAAACCGGUGGUCCGACGAGCUGAGCGUUCUGGACACAGUCUUUCCCAAGGUCACAAAGUGCAAGUUCCACAAGUAUGGUGCCUCGGGCUCCCUGCAGGAUCACGAUACCCUUUGUGUGAUGGCCCUGAACAUCAUGAACGAGAAAAUCUAUACCAUCCUGUGGUUCUGGUACGCCUUCCUUUUGUCCGUCACGGUUCUCGGACUGAUUUGGAGAGUUUUCACCCUAUGCUUCUACAGAAAUGUCACGUUCACCCGCUGGUCUCUCUACUGGGCAAAACCUGGCCAACUGGACGAAAAGGAAAUAUCGGCGGUGAUUGGCAAGUGCAACUUCUCCAACUGGAUGUUCCUCUUCUUUCUGCGCUCCAACCUCUCGGAGUUUCUGUUCAAGAAGGUCAUCUAUCACCUGGCCAGCGAGUUUCCCAAUCCCGACCACGACAACGACAUCAAUGCCUAUCGAGAGGCUCCGCCCACGCCUGCGAAACCUCGUUAUCCGGACAUCAGUAGCCUGGAUACGGUGGACUCGCCCCUUUUACACCACCGACAUCCUGCCACGCCCUCUGCGGGCGGGGCCACGCCCCUCACUGGAGCCCAAGGGCCGACGACCUCGGAGGUAUCCAAACUACCUGUAUAAUUUAUGCAUUUCAAUUAACGCUAGGCAAUUAAUUAUUUGAGCUUUGUCUGUUUUUACACCUGUUUUUUUUUUUAUAUGAUCAUUUUAUUAUAAAUAUAUUUAUUUUAAGAGA